UUUYCCRUACCCCUGAGAAUCCUCCCACCCCAUCCCCAUGCACGAGCCAUGCAGCCAGGAGCAGGGAACCAUGUUUGGGGGUUCACCUCUGUGUCCUGCAUGGGGGUCCUGGAGAGCUGUGGGUAUUCUGAGCCACAUGCCAAGGGUCUCCCUGCCUCGGGCCAGCUGGUCCAGGACACAGAGCAGCCCUGGACCUCUUAUCUGCACUGAUCCCCCACAAUAACCCCCAAGGUUAUUGUCCUCUCCUCUGACAUUUGUCCUCUUCCCACCACGUUGUCCUCAUCUCAUGAGUUUGGCUMAUCUGUAGUCAAUAACCAAGGCCUGGCAUGGCCACACACAGGUGGUGUGGGGUUUUUUUCAGUCWGUACCACAAAUGGAUUUGUUGAUGAUGGUGUGUGAGCCCUCAGUGUGCCUCCCAUGCAGCAAGGUGAUGGAAGGGCAGCAUUUCAGKGAGAGCAGGGAGGGCAGCUGUUCUACAAAGCAUUUUUGAGUCUACAUUUGGGGAACCGUGUCCUGUUUUGGUCCCACCAUCACAAGAGAGAUGUUAACUAAAGUCCAGCCGAGGAUCAUGGUGAGGCAUUUAGGGGCAUGGAGCACAGGCUGCACCAUCACCGRCUGGAGCACAAACUCUGCUCAGAUGUGCACAGAGCAAGGAUAGGACAUGUCAGGCACAAAUUGCAGCAGAGAAAAUUCCAGCUGGACAUUAGGAAAAAUGGUUUAACUAUUAGUAUGGUUAGCCCAGGAAAUGGGCCCCAGAGAGAGGGGAACCUUCUCCCUGGAGGUUUUUAAAACUGGACAAGAUUUAGUCUGAUCUGGUUUUGAGACUAGCCCUGCUUUGAGCAAGAGUUGAAUGAGGUGAUCUCCAGAGAUCCAACCUGGUCUACCCUAAAUGCCUAGAGCUUUCCUAAUGUACUCUCUGCCCUGAUCGUCAGCUAAAGCCUCCUCACCAAAAGCCUCAUGAAUCAUCUCAGAAACUGCAAACCUGACCAAACCAGAUUGUUUCGAGCAGAAUAUGUCCCCCCACGUUUGCCUCCUGCUCCUUGUGCUUAGUAAACUCUCCUGGGGAGAAACCAUGUUCUUGGUCUAUGUUAGGACCAUAUCCUGGUCCAUAAUGAGGCAUAACAGGGCUUACAGAAAUACAGGAAGGUUUUAAUCCUUAGGAAACCCUGCCUGACUCUUCACCUUCUCCCUGUCUGCUCAUGGUGUGUUGCUUUCAAGGUGGUGAGGUCCAAGGGCAGCUUCUUCUCAUCUUCUGUGGAGGGAGCAGUAUCAAACCCUGGAGAAUUUCAGCCGUGCUGCAGCUUCUGGACUCUGCAGGGAGGUGACAAAGGGGAUUUUCUGCCGUCAUCUGUUCCCAAUUACGUGGUUUCAGGGAGCUCCUUGGCCCGUUUCCACUGCAAUCCGUCAGCCCCCAAGCCCACGCCACUGGGAGGUGGGGCCUCAUGGUGGUGGUAGUGGCCAGAGCACGGAGCAUCACCCUCACAGGAGCUGCUGUGAAGGGACAGUGCAGACCCCACUCUGCUCUGCUCUGCUCUGCUCUGCUCUGCUGGGGACAGGCUGGCCCUCGGUGGAUGUGCCACAAUGACCGUGAAGAAGACUCAGGCUCUGCAGAAUGGAAGUGCCAAGGAGAACGUGCUGCAGAGGGUGCUGCAGCUGCCCGUGGUGAGCUCCACCUGCGAGAGCCUGCAGAGAACCUACAGCAGCACCAAGGAGGCGCACCCGCUGAUGGCCUCGGUGUGCCAGGUGUACGAGCGGGGCGUGCAGGGCGCCGGUGCCCUGGCCAUGUGGGGCAUGGAGCCCGUGGUGCGCCGCCUGGAGCCGCAGUUCGCUGUGGCCAACAGCCUGGCUUGCCGGGGCUUGGACCACCUGGAGGAGAAGAUCCCUGCCCUCCACUACCCCGUCGACAAGCUCGCAUCUGAACUGAAGGACACCAUCUCCUGCCCCCUGCAAAGUGCCAAAAGCACCAUUGGCAGCUCCAUGGAUAAGAUCAUAGAGCUGGCAGCAGAGGGCUAUGAGGCCACCAAGAGCACAGUGGAAACAACAGCCAAGUACACGAGGAGGAACUCGGUGACCCAGAUGGCAGCUGCAGGGGUCGACACGGCCCUGGGAGGGCUGGAGAAGCUGAUGGAAUACCUGCUGCCGGAGGAGGAUGAAGAAGCAGAUCAGAAGCCCAAAAAGAAACAUCUGUCAACACCAAAGGUCUCCCAGCAGCAGCCCAGUGCUCCCAGUGCUUCCAGUGCUCCCAGUGCUCCCAGAGCUCCCAGUGCUCCCAGCACUCCCAGAGCUCCCAGUGCUCCCAGUGCUCCCAAGGCUCCCAGCACAGCCAGCACUCGCAGCGCUCCCAGCACUCGCAGCACUCCCAGCACUCACAGCAUUCCCAGUGCUCCCAGUGCUCCCAGUGCUCCCAGUGCUCCCAGCACCCUGGGCCGGAUUGGUGCUUUGGUCAGCACCGUGUCCCACCGCGCUUACCAGCAAACCACGCAAAGCCUCCAGCGUGCCAAAACCAAAGGGCAGGAGCUGGCCUCCUGGAUCCCCAUCGUGGGCAGGCUGGCCAAGCCGAGGGUCACCCCCCAGACCCGCAGUGACCGGCAGGGCAGCACCGGCUGGCUGAGCUGGCAGCCCAGCAAGGCACCGCCACAGAAACAGGAGAAGGCAGGCAAGAAAGACACCAACCACACCAAGGCAGGGCAGGAGCCSGGGCUGGUGGGCAGCGUGGCUCACAACCUGCAAACCGCCUGCGCCUCCGGCAUCUCCAGCGUCAAGAAGGUGCCGGCCGUGGCCUGGGAUGCGGCAGAGGGGUUCAUCCUCUUCACCCCCCGCAGGCUGUCCAGGGCCAUGGAGACAGUGGAUGCUCUGGGGGGGACCCUCGUCAGUGCCCCUAAGCAUCUGCUGGGCACCCUGUACAGCUACGUGCCGCUCCGCAGACAGUCGGUGAAGGAAGAAGAAGCAUCCAGGGGCAACAAGACCAACCAGGAGAAGAAAGAGAAGAAGGAGGAGGAGGAGGAGGAGGAGGCCAAGCCCGCUGCCCCCUCCAGCGAGGAGAAAUCGCAGCUGAGGAGUGACUGGCGGCUGUACCGCGGCCACCACCCCCUGUCCUUCCUGGGGCUCGAGGACCCGCUCUUCCUGCGGCACAGCUACUACCGCAGCCCUGCCUUCGACCCCGAGUACCCCUUCCCACGGAAAUCCGCCUUCUCCCCCUACAACCGGCGCGUCAGCGAGGGCUCCUACCGCUUCAGCCCCGAGUCCGUGUACAGCCGCGCCUACUACGGCAACUUCUACAGCCCCGUCUUCAAGAAGGACUGAGCCAGCGUGGGGACAGGCACUGCCAGCCCCUCUCAAAUCCCCGCAGCACGCUUAGCCUGGCCCCUGCCAGCUGCCCACACGCACCCCUGUUCCCAGACAGGAGCUUCAUGUGGUACACAGGCCAUGGGAUGGCUUUGUUCUGAGCACCAGGAUGGGGGAAUAACGGCAACCAAAAGCCCUGCUGUUGGAAAGGUGGGACUAGGAGGGUGAAGGAGAUGGGGAAAGAGUGGUGAGAYCAGAAGAAAGGGACAGCCAGGGCUGGCACUAGGCUACCUUGGACCCUGCGCAGCGGACAGAGUGAAUUUAGGUGGGCUAGACAUUGAGAACAGCACAGAGAGAGCAGGGAGGACAGCAAAGCUGUCAAACAUCACCACAGCAAGCCUGUUUCCCCAUCCUUCCUCCCUYCAUCCCCCCUCACAUCUGUCCCUGGCCACAGAUUGCUCCUCCAUGGAGGGGCUGAGCAUCCCCACCAACSAGCAGGAUUCAUGAGCGGGAUAUCCCUGGGUACUUCCCUCCCAGCUGGUGGUGGGAUGGAUGUUGGGGUCAGGAAAAAGGCUGGUGAGAACAGCCUUUUGGAGCUCCUGGAGCCCCUCUCCCACAGGAUGGCCUGGCUUCCCACACCUCGUUGUAUCUGCUGCAACAAUAAAGCUGCAAUCACAA